GCUCGCUUGAGAGGUGGACGCGGAAGAAGAGAUGAGAACGGUUUGGGUUGCUAUAGCUGCGGCGAAGAGGGCGGAGGAGGUGGGGAACCGGAAACGGCCGAGGGAAGCGAACCCGGAGAGCAGAGCAUUGUAAACUUCCACCAUGAAUUUUGAAGGUCUUGAUCCAGCCCUUGCAGAGUAUGUUCCUUCCCUACAUCCUGCCUUAGAUCCCCACCUCAACCCAAGCUUGUUACAGAAUGUGGAGCUGGAUCCAGAGGGAGUAUCCCUGGAAGGCAUCACUGUGCCUGACUCAGUGCAUAUCAUGGAGGGCAUGUACUCAGAACUCCACACUGUUGUCUCAGAAGUGGGUGUACCUGUUUCCUUCUCCCACUUUGACCUACAUGAAGAAAUGCUCUGGGUUGGAAACCAUGGAGGUCAUGCCACUUCUUUCUUUGGUCCAGCCCUGGAACGAUACUCCUCCUUCCAGGUACACAGCAGUGAUGACAUUCGACAGAUCCAGAGCCUGGAAAAUGGGGUGCUCUUUCUGACCAAAAACAACCUAAAAUACAUGUCGAGAGGUGGGCUCAUAAUCUUUGAUUACCUCAUGGAUGAAAGUGAGGAUAUGCACAGCCUUUUACUGACUGAUCCUGGCACUUUGCUUGUUGGGGGUCUCACCAGCCAUGUGAUUGAAAUAGACCUCAACGCAGUGCAAGAAACCCAGAAGUACACAGUGGAAGUUCCUGGAGUUACAAUUAUGAGACAGUCAAAUCGUUUCUUCUUUUGUGGUCACACAUCAGGAAAGGUUUCCUUGCGUGAUCUCCGCACUUUUGCUGUAGAACAUGAGUUUGAUGCCUAUUCGGGCAGCUUGUCUGAUUUUGACGUCCAUGGCAACCUACUGGUGACGUGUGGCUUCUCCAGCCGAAUGAAUGGCCUAGCUUGCGAUCGUUUCCUCAAGGUGUAUGAUUUACGCAUGCUGCGAGCCAUUACACCUCUGCAGGUCCACAUUGAUCCUCUAUUUCUGAAGUUUAUUCCUACCUACACAUCUCGCCUGGCCAUCAUCUCCCAAACAGGUCAAUGUCAGUUCUGUGAACCUACUGGAUUAGCCAAUCCUGCUGACAUUUUUCAUGUUAAUACAGUGGGCCAGCUAAUAAUGAGCUUUGAUGUGUCAGCCAGCAAACAAGCUAUGGUUUUUGGAGACUCAGAGGGCUGUGUCCACCUGUGGGCUGAUUCACCUGAGAUCACCUUCAAUGCCUACUCCCGGGAAACUGACUUUGCCUUGCCUUGCCUUGUGGAUACCUUGCCCCACCUUGACUGGAACCAAGAUCUCAUGCCCUUAUCUCUCAUACCCGUGCCUCUGACCACUGAGUCACUGUUGUCUGACUGGCCUGCAGCCAAUUCUAUCCCUGCACCCAGACGAGCCCCACCUGUCGAUCCAGAUAUCCUUCGGACCAUGAAGAAAGUUGGCUUCAUUGGGUAUGCCCCAAACCCCAGGACCAAGCUCCGGAAUCAGAUUCCCUACCGAUUAAAGGAGCUUGACAAUGAAUUCGAUAAUUUCAAUCAGGUCCCUGAAUCCCCCAUAGGAAGAGAAGAGGAGCCACGGAUCUACAUGGUGGCAAAGAAAUAUAGGAAGGUCACAAUAAAAUAUUCCAAGCUGGGCCUGGAAGACUUUGACUUUAAACAUUACAAUAAGACUCUUUUCGCUGGUCUUGAGCCCCACAUUCCAAAUGCUUACUGCAAUUGCAUGAUCCAGGUUCUUUAUUUCUUGGAGCCUGUGCGCUGUUUGGUCCAGAACCAUUUAUGCCAGAAAGAGUUCUGCCUCAGCUGCGAACUGGGCUUUUUAUUUCAUAUGCUGGAUUUGUCCAGGGGAGACCCUUGUCAGGGGAGUAAUUUUCUGCGUGCCUUCCGCACCAUCCCAGAAGCAGCUGCUUUGGGAUUGAUCUUGGCUGAUUCGGAUGAGGCUACAGGGAAGGUGAACUUAGGUCGGUUGAUUCAAAGUUGGAACAGGUUUAUUCUGACCCAGCUGCACCAGGAGACUCAAGAGCAGGAGGGCCCUCAGGCUUACCGAGGCAUUGGCAGCAGCAACUUUGGAUCUUCUGGGGACUCAGUCAUUGGGCAGCUUUUCAGCUGUGAAGUGGAGAAUUGCAGUAUGUGCCGCUGUGGCAAAGAGACAGUUCGGGUCUCUUCCACUCUCCUCUUUACCCUCUCCUACCCUGAGAACAAUGAUAAAAUAAUGGAUUAUGAAUUUGCCCAGGUAUUAAAAAGAAGCAUUUGUCUGGAACAGAACACCCAGGCCUGGUGUGAGAAUUGUGAGAAGUACCAACCCACAGUCCAGACACGCAACAUCCGCUGCCUGCCAGAUGUGUUAGUCAUUAACUGUGAAGUGAACAGCUCCAAGGAAGCAGAAUUUUGGAAGGUGCAGGCUGAGUAUGCUUUUAAGAAGAUGAUGAUGAAGAAGGGUUGCCUGGAAUUCCCUAAAAGUAGAGAAAUAGCAGUUGGGGAAUGGAAUGAGUUAGGAAUGGCUGAGAGGGGACACUCUUACACAUCCACUGAAGAGCUAAAGAACAUCUGGAUUCCUUAUUCCAUCAAGAUGAAGCUUUCCAAGAACAAGGAAUUGGAGGUUUACAACUGGGAUGAAAGCACUGAAGUGAGCUUGCUGGAUGAUCAAGAAUCCAUAUAUGUCUAUGACCUCAUGGCAACAGUUGUACAUAUUCUGGAUUCCCGGACUGGGGGCAGCCUUGUGGGGCAUAUCAAAGUAGGAGAGACCUACCAUCAAAGGAAGGAGGGUGUCACACACCAGCAGUGGUAUCUUUUUAAUGACUUUCUUAUUGAGCCUGUGGAUAAGUGUGAGGCUGUGCAAUUUGACAUGAGCUGGAAAGUGCCUGCUAUCCUUUAUUAUGUGCGGAGGAACCUCCACUCCAAGUACAAUUUACACAUUAAGAACCCCAUUGAAGCCAGUGUGUUGCUUGCUGAGGCCUCUCUCGCUCGCAAACAGCGCAAAUGUCAUGCCACUUUCAUCCCCCUCAUGCUGAACGAAAUGCCACAGGCUGGAGACCUGGUGGGAUUGGACGCUGAGUUUGUCACCCUCAAUGAGGAGGAGGCUGAGCUUCGCAGCGACGGGACCAAAUCCACUAUCAAGCCCAGCCAGAUGUCAGUGGCCAGGAUCACUUGCGUCCGGGGGCAGGGUCCCAAUGAGGGCGUUCCUUUCAUUGACGAUUACAUUUCCACACAAGAACAGGUUGUGGAUUAUCUUACUCAGUACUCAGGGAUAAAGCCAGGAGAUCUGGAUGCCAAAAUUUCAUCCAAACAUCUCACAACCCUCAAAUCUACCUAUCUAAAGCUACGCUUCCUUAUAGAUGUUGGAGUCAAGUUUGUAGGCCAUGGAUUGCAAAAAGACUUCCGGGUCAUCAAUAUCAUGAUUCCCAGAGAUCAAGUAAUUGACACGGUGUAUCUGUUCCACAUGCCCAGGAAGAGGAUGAUCUCCCUGCGUUUCCUUGCCUGGUAUUUCUUGGACCUGAAGAUUCAAGGGGAGACCCAUGACAGCAUUGAAGAUGCCCGAACAGCCCUCCAGCUGUACAGGAAGUACAUGGAACUGAGCAACGGAGGCUUGGAGCCUGAGGAGUUCCGCAAGGUGCUGAAGGGCCUCUACGAAAAAGGGAGGAAAAUGGACUGGAAGGUCCCUGAACCGGAUGGUCAGAGCAGCCCCAAGAGUGCUGCAGUGUUCUCAAGCGUGCUGUCUCUCUGACCCACGUAACCGUAUCACGUCCGAUGUCCCUUGAGAAGAGGACCAUCCCAGCCUGUUCCCUGGAAUGUGGACAUGAUAGGACUGAAAGAUAGCAUAGGUGUAUAAGACAGGAAGGUGAUGUAAUUAAUGCAUAUCCAACAUGCGUUUCAGGGUUCAGGGGAUUUCUUUUGGGUGUCUCUGCCCCCAGUUUACCAACAAACCUCUUGGAUCUCAGGCCAAAUUGUUAACAAGCAGGUACAAGAGAGUACGUGAGGCAGUUUAGUGCAGGCCGAAGAGUGGCACACUUCCUUUCAGAGACCUGUGUGUGUGCACUCACCGAACAAAGAUGGUGCAGCAGCCACUGGGUACUUGGGAGCAGGCCGUUCUUGCAUAAAAAGAAUGGUGGGAAGCAACCUGUGAAAUGUUUCAAGAUCCUUUCUACAUCUGUCAGUGUUAGCAUUGCUCGCAGGAGGCACCUGUGCUCUACUCUGGCUGGGCAUUGCUCCUGAAAUAACCCAGAGCUGGACUCGUAACUGUCAUGGAAGUUUCAUGGCUUUUUAAUCUUUUCUGUAUGUAAAUUGUGAUCAAGGGUAGAUAGACUCUAUGAAAUGUCGGUGCUUCCAAUGCUACUUUACAGUCCGGCCUUUUGUUUGCUUUCUGGCCUGUUAAUUCACAGUCAUCCUAUGUUGUUUCAUCAUCAUCUCUCUUGUUAACCAUAAUCAGAAUAGCAUUAAUUUAUAUAUCCUGGUUUUAAUUCAGUGGAGUUGGACCUGCAGGUGGACAAGUCACCCAAACAAGUCCAGGCUUUAUUAGAUAAUCUUACAUCAAGGUUUGGGUUGACCCCUUUUAUAUACCCACAGCGUCAGAGGAAUGAACUUCAUCUGAAUCUGCAACAGCGUGAUUGGCAACCAUAAUGCUUUGCCAGAGCAUAAGACCUUUUAUUCAUGUCAGGAAUAUCCAAUAAAGUAAACAAUUGAUUUAAAAAUGGAAGUCUGUAAAUACCAACUAAGCUUUUGGAAGGUCAUUGCCCCUGUUGCAGUGAUUUUCAGUUGUUCAGACAUCAAGGGGAACAGUGUAUUUUUGUAAGUCACAGCAGUAACUUAGGGAAUGCUCCAAAUUAUUCUGAGUUUACGUAUUAAGACUUGAGUAAUCAUGGAAAGCUGGUUCAACCCCGGCUUUGAUGCUGACUCUGUUAAAGGAGAAUAAAGUCCCAUUAAAUGAGGAUGUGCUAAAUGGCUCCCAGACCAAGCUGAACCAGUUCACAAGACCCAUUCAACACAAACAAAUCUAGUAGGUGAACUUUAGUUCAUUUAAGAGUCAAUGAGGACUUGCAAUCUAACCUCCAGAUGUGUCGAUCUAUAACUACCAUCUUUCCCAGCUAGCCGUGGUCAUUGGCUGAGCUAAUUGGGGAAAUUCAACUUUGGAUGGCAGCUGUUGGGGAAAGCUGCAUAGAUUAUAGCCCAUGUCCUUCAUCUCAGGACCAAGCUAGAGAUUCUGCAAAUUACAGCAGUUUGUGUUUCCUCUAUUCUGCUAUGAUCUCUAUCUAAGAUCCCAUCUUUGAUUUGUGUAUCAUUUCAAGGUAAAUGUAUCCAUUAAUACCAGUAGCAGUUUCCCUCCCCUGAAAUGGAAUAGGAACUUUGGGAGAGGAAAUGCUUGUUUUCUGCUUUAAUAAUUAUUUAUUGGCAUUCUAGAGUUUUCCAGGCCUGGUGACUAUGAUCAAGAAUAGAAUCUUUAUGACCUCAUUAGGUCUCAGAAGCUAAGCAGGGUUAGGCUUGGUUGGAACUUUGAUGGGAGAUAUCAAAGGAGUAGCAGGGUUGUAGAUUAGACUGAGAAGAUGAAAAAACAUCCUAGAAGAAAGCAAUAGGCAAAUCAUUUCUAUGUGGUUGCCAAAAACUUCAUGCCUCCAUGAAGUUCCAAGAGUUGUCUCUGAGGAGACUUACUUUACUGAUUAAUACCACUUUGGUUUUGAAAUUAGAUUUCACACUAUCAAAACAACCCUUUUAAAAAACGUUUGAUCACAGUCCUGAAUUGAACAUCCAGUUGUG